AUUUAAAUUGUGCUAUUCAGACUCAAAAGAAAAAUUUUUUUUUCAAAGGCUAGGUCCAAAUUGAGCGUAACAUUGUCGUGGUGGUGAUCGUCAAAUAACGAAGAGAGGUUUUACCACGCCCGCAGUUUCUAUUAUUAAGUCUCAAGGCGUCUCUCGAGAACAAACGGACACAAAACGGAUAGUUUAACUCGGUGAGCGACCAGCAUCACCCCGCGAGAUAUAUUUAAACACACUCUAAAAAUACACGAAACAGAGGAGACCACAAUUUCUUAACGAUAGUUCCGCCACAUCAGUUUGCUUUCCUGUAACAAACCAAAGAAAUCGGUCAGCGAAAUCUAAAAGCAAAAAAAUUACAUACGUUUUUAAUAUUUUUCGUUCACCUCCUAUUUUAUACGGAUGGAAAUUCAUCGCGUAACCUCGCACAUCUAAAUUAGGCGAUUGCGUGGACGGCAUUCGUCAAAACUUAUUAUAGUUGCAAGCCGAGUUUAGUUUCCUUUCAGUUAUAAACGUGUGUGCUAACUGAUUCGUAACAAUUUUAAUUAAAAAAAAGAGUAAAAAUGUCUCAAAAUCAACAAUCGGGUGGCUUAAAACGUAGUCAAAAAGCCGAUUUUCAAUCAAGUUCAACAACCGUUUUGCGAGAGCGAAGCUUUGUUAAACAAAAUAGCAGAGAAUCAUCGAAACGAAGAAGUCAAACAAUGAUGGCUGCUAAUCUCGUAAAAGGUAACAAACCAACGAUGGAAAUUUAUAGACCCCCCAACGUGCGAAUAGAUAAUAUUCCUCAACAACACGGUAAUAACAAAUUAAACGUACACGCGAAAGAAUUUACGAUGGGGUCCGAACUUCAAACGUCAAAAUCAAGCGGAAACUUAGCAUUAUUCAAUUUUGAUUGUAACAAUAUUCAACAUCAUCAACACCAACACCCUUUACAACAAUCAAAAUCGAGUGGAAACGUUCUUAGACAUCUCCCACAUUCAAUUAUUCCUAUUGUUCCACUUCCUAUUCUUCAUUCAACUUCAACAUCUCAAAUUUUAAAUCAUCUCCCUCGAGUUAAUUUUCAAAUGACAGCGGAAGCGUUAAGCGCUCAUCAUCAAUUUCUUCAACAAGCCCAACAACAACAACAGCAACAAAAAAAUCAGAAUUGGAAUCAAAAUUCUUCCCCUCAAAAUCACAAUUUGAGACGUUCUAAAUCAACGGGGGCUGCAGAAAUAAGAAAUAUGGCUAAAAAUAAAGAAUUUUUGAUGUUACAAGAAGCCGAUUUGGGGGCUUUUUCUGAACAUUCGGCAACGGUUAAAAUAGCGACUGAAAAUCCUAAUCAAUUACAAUCGAGAACUUUAAUGGAAUUGGCUAAGAUAAUAAUGGAACGGGUUGUUGAAGGAAUAAAAUAUUCGGAAGCUGGAGCAAAACUUUGUGUUACGAUUAUUGAAAAAGAACGCACCCAAACGUUUAUUGAAUCGUUAAUUAACACCUGUCAGCAAUGGUAUCAAGAACGUGAUAAAAUCUUACGCGGUAUAAAAGCUGGAGAUGGGACUAGAUUUAGUGCUUUUAUGUGGUUUUUAACUGAGAUGUGUGGUCAACUUAAACGUCAUCAAUUAAGAGAUCGAUUUGAAAAUUUGCAACCCGAUUUGGUACUUCUUUCCGUUUUGGCAAAAUGUUGCCAAGCGUGCGUGAGUCUACCGAUUAAAUGCUUAGCGGAAACGGAAUGCCUCUUUUUUGUACUAACCUCGAUUGGAAGGGAUUUAGAAAACGAACUUCCCGCACAAUUGGAACAGCUUUUAGCAAACGUUCGAGAUGGGUUCUUAGCGAGCGUUGGAUCUCCUUCGGUAAGGAAAACACUUCUACAACUAAUCGAAUUGCACGCGUCUAACUGGCAAUUACCUGGAUCAUCGGUGCUUUAUUAUUAUCCAAGAAUAAAAUAAAAAUCAGAUAAAAAGAAGAACGAGGACCAAAAAAAAUUUAAUAAAAAGUGCGGGGAAAUAAG